UCAGACAGGAGCCCUCGUCGCCGCAGGAGCUGGCUCUGGAACCAGUUCUUUGUGAUCGAGGAGUACAGAGGGCCAGAGCCUGUGCUCAUUGGCCGGCUGCACACAGAUAUGGACAGAGGGGACGGGCGCACCAAAUACAUGCUGGAGGGGGAGGGAGUCGGCUCUGUGUUUGUUAUUGACGGCAACACAGGGAACAUCCACGUUACCAAGUCUCUGGACAGAGAGGAGAAAGACGAAUAUCGUCUCAUAGCGACGGCCACAGACCGGGAGACCGGCCGUGCCCUGGAGCCCUCCUCGGAGUUCAUCAUCAGAGUACAGGACAUCAAUGACAACCCGCCUGUCUUCCCCAGUGAGCCUUACGUUGCCAUGGUGCCAGAGAUGGCCAACAUAGGCACAUCCAUAAUCCAGGUCACAGCCGUAGACGCAGAUGAUCCAGCAUAUGGAAACAGUGCCCGUCUGGUUUAUGGGAUAUUACAGGGCCAGGAGUUUUUCUCAGUGGACCCUCAAACAGGCAUCCUACGGACCGCGGUACCUGAUAUGGACAGAGAGACGCAGGAUGAAUAUCUGGUGGUCCUCCAGGCGAAAGACAUGGGCGGGCAUAUGGGUGGGUUGACGGGUACCACGACCGUCACUGUGAAGCUGACCGACGUAAACGAUAACCCGCCUCACUUCAGACGCAGCGCAUGGUCGUUCUCUGUGUCGGAGCUAGCUGCACCAGGUGUGGAGGUGGGCCGUCUCACUGCCACCGAUCCUGACCUGGGAAAAAACGCACAGCUGGAGUUUACCAUCCUGGAUGCAGAGGAGGCAGAGAUUUUCAACAUCACUCGGAGAGCCAAAGAGGCGGUCAUUGUCCUGAACAAGCUUCUGGAUUACGAAACACGCAAUUCAUACACUUUUUCCGUGGAAGUGGUGAACCCUUUUGUUGAUCCUCGGUUUAUACGGAAAGGACCCUUUAAGGACCAGGCAACGGUCCGGGUGAUGAUCCUUAAUGCCGACGAGCCGCCUCGAUUCUCCCAGGCGGUCUACCACCUGGAUGUGUCUGAGAACUGCCCUCCCGUCUGCGCCGUCGGCCGGGUCUACGCCGUGGAUCCAGACACGGGACAAAGUGCCAACAUCAGGUACUCCAUCGAUCCCCAUUCAGACCCGGAGGCUUUGUUCCGGAUUGCCUCUGACACGGGUUUUAUCAGCGCCGUGAUGGAGUUGGACCGUGAGCAGGAGCAGUGGCAUAAUAUCUCAGUCAUCGCCACACAGAGGGACAACCCAAAUCUUGUGUCAAGGGCUGUGGUUGCCAUAGAAACACUAGACCAGAAUGACAAUGCGCCGGAGUUGGACAGGCAGUACGCAACAUCAGUAUGUGACUCCAGUGCCCCCGGUCAGGUGGUCCAGGUUCUAAGAGCAGUGGACAAGGAUCAGGGAGGACAGGAAACCCCGAUUCACUUCAGCAUCCCUCCUGAAUCCAGCUCAUCUCUCAACCUCACCAUCAGAGAAUCCGGAGGUGUGACAGCCAGCCUGGUGCUGCAGUCAGCCUUGGAGCCCCUCCCUGGCUUCUCUUCCUCUCUACUCACCCUCUACGUGCCAGUCGUGCUGCGUGACGGGGCCUCGGGUUUGACCAACACUGGCACAGUCACCGUGACCAUUUGUCCGUGUCUGCAAGGAGGCAUGCAGACUGAGAACAGGGGCAGACAGAGGGACCCGAGAUGGGAGAGGAAGGUAGUUUGCCUCCCCGCGCCGUCGGCCUCGCCGUCUCUCAUCUUCAGUUUGGUCACAUUGCUCGCCAUGCUGGCCUGUGUCACCACUCUGCUGGUGGUGUGUGCUCUCUCGCUGUCAUUGCGCCAUCAGAAGCGAGACUCCCACUCACCCUUUGAGGAGGAUGAUGUCAGGGAAAACAUCAUAUCCUACGAUGAUGAGGGGGGAGGGGAAGCAGACACUGCAGCCUUUGACAUCACAGCUUUGCAGAGCAUGCACAGAAUACAGCACAUGCACAGCAACGGGAACAUAUGGUACACCCAGCAGAAUCUGCCCAGAGCCAGGACGUACAGCUGGAGCCGUCACCCGCACCCUUCACUGGGCCCCCAGCAGAGGCCAGGCUCUGCCCCGCUCUACGGACGCCUCUGCUACGGCAUCCACACGCUGCCUGUUCUCAGAGAUUAUCCGGUCGGGCCACUGGAGGCGGGCCUUCAGCUAGAUCAGCUGACCCAGGGGCUCACAGGGGGUCACGCUGGCAAUCCCCUUCUCAUCCCAAACCAAAGCACCUUUGAGCCUCUGCUGCGCUCUCCUGAGAUGAGCCUUGGCGGUUUCGAAGCAGAGCAUAUGCUGGCAAAGAGCACAAUCGCGGACAGAAAUGAAAGCAGUGAAGCGAACGCAGCUGCCGCCAAAGGGGAUGAAGAGCAGGCCAAGAUAAACCUAACAGGAAAAGAGUCGACAGCAGCAAACAUCCCAGCGGAUCUGACCUACGAGUCCUCCUGCCAGAGUCACACCAGCUUAUCAUCAAACCAGCAAGAGGGCCGACCGGGAUCAUCCCAGACUCAGAUCAGCACUGGGGCCACCAGCACCACUGUGGAUGACAUUGAUACUGAUUCCUCUAUUCCCUCCAUUUCAGAGCAAAAUUAUUCAACCACCAGUCAGAUCAGGAGUGCAAACUCCCCCGCCUGCAUUAAAGGAGACACAUAUAGCAUUGUGGGCUCGCUGAACCCAGGAGGGAUGGGGGUGUGCAUCAACGGGACUAAUAGCAGUGGGCUGCAGCUGCUGAAUAUGGGAACACUGAAGGGGAAAGACAAGACUCCACAGAAUCUGACCUCACCGGGGGGUCUGUUUGGCAACAACAAAGCCUCUAUAACCGGAGCUCCAAACCCACAACCUCUUGGAAUGGAAGAACUCCUCAGCAUCCGCCUGGACCGGGUCACCUCUGAUCUGUCACAGCCGCCCUACGACUCACUGCAGACUUAUGAGUUUGAGGGUCGUGACUCCAGGGCGGGGUCGCUCAGUUCGCUGGAGAGCGACGGAGAGAAGGAGAACGAGAAGGUAGCAGGAGGGAUGGAUGAGCUCAAUCAGAAGUUUCAAAGGCUGGUGGAGAUUAUCCGAGAAAGGCAGAAGGAGAAGAAGACACAGGUGCAGGAGGGCGGUGAGACUGCAGAGGCUGCUCAUGCUGAGACUCAAAGACAAAGUGAGAACAAAGAAAAACAACAGCAGCGAUGGGAUUUCUAGACCCCAACACAAGAAAACAAGAGAGAGGAGAAAAAUCUUGGAUAUACAUGGAAUUUAAACACAAGGGUGACAGAAAAAAGCCUGCCCCUGACACAAAUGGGCUUUUGUUUCAUCCCUGUCGUAAUAAAUGAAGGCAACUGGUGGUGAAGAUCUGUGCAGCAAUCAGAUCAGUGUUGCUUUUCACUUUCACUCAAUUCAGAAAUGGGAACCCUUCACUUUUUACACUAACUACUAAAAACGCACACGGGGCUACAGCUACAGUUAGUCAUGAAAGCAUGUUUUUUUUUUUUUUUUUAUAAAAACUGAAUUGUUAGAAAAAAGCACCAUCAGAUAGUGGAUAGGCGUUUGUGUCAGUCUCACAUUUUAAGGCAUUUAGAUCUUUGAGGAUGCAUUAGGAUAAAAACUGAAGAAACCACAUGAGAUUUGAGUGAAAUGAUCCGUACAUAUAAAAAUAUUCAUAUCUCUUUAACUUUUUCACCUUUCAGCAACAAACUUCAGUUCUUUAGACUUGAUGUAAUAGACUGACACAAAGCAGAGCAGAAGGCAAAGUAGAAGAAAAGAAAUCCUCAGAGGUAAUAUUUGAUACUAAUUCAACCCAAACAUAAUUGUUAAAUAGAAGAGAUCAACAUGUACCAGUUUUUUAAGGCUAAUGCAGAUUAUUUUGAAAUCAUCUCACUCAUCCCAGAUACAAGAUGCUGUUCAUUUUAGGAUGAUUCUUCCUCCACUUCCUUGAUUAAAUGUAAAAAUGAUAACAAUCCUCCACAAGAUUCAGUUUAAACAAAAAGAACAAACAUUUAGUAAAAAAAAAGCCAAUCAUUAAAAAGGAUAGGAAAUAGAGGGAGCGACCCUUCAUGCAACUCAUAUAAUCUUAAGGUGAGUUUAUAAGUACUUUUUUGCACCCCAUCAAUAUCUAACCCCAAUUCAACCUUUUCACCAGUUAAACAAACAUAACUGAUAAACAAUAAAUCAAAUAUUGCUAUAAAACAAAAUAGAAAAAAUGUAAUCACUAAAAUUACCAUCACUUUAAGUGCAAUUAUUGAAGUUUAGCUGUUUAGUCUUCUGUGCAAAAGCAUUGUUCAGUAAAUAAACAAAAAAAAACUUUAAAACUGGGUUAUUUAAUUAUUUAGUUUCACAGAUAAUUCGGAUAGUUACAGAAUCUUAUUGCAUUCAAGUAAAAAAAAAUUGGUCUGUU